AACCAAAAGAGAGAGGCAAACAGAGACAACUAAACCCGGGAGCUGGGAGGUGGCUCCCCUUUCUUGUUUCCCGGUUCCUCACUUGAAUAUGUCUAUUACUCGUGAAUCGUGAUCGUGAUUCGUGAAUUUGAACUUUUAUUCAUUAACGGCGUAGAUCCGGAUUUUUUGUAAAUAUAUACGCUAGAAUGCGCUGUGGAUGCUGGAUAUGAAGCUCAUCUGCAACGCAGGAUCCAGUGAUGGAUGGAUGCGGAUUGUCAUUGUGCAGCUGUGUAGGUCCCGCCCUCUUCGAAGGAUGAAAAGUUUCUCCCCACUUAACAAUGGAACCGCCGAUAGGAGCUUCCAUGUGAAGCAAUAAAUCCUCCUUGAUAACGAAACCAAAGCAAACGUGCAGAGGAAUAAAGUAGAGAUAGAAAACUCUCUCUGUUUGUUUGUGGGUCGAAAUCUCUCUCUCUGGUUCGGGCAAGGGAAUGAUGACACUUCAAUGACUUGUUCUGUCUUUGGAGUAUCUUCUUCGUGCCCGAUGCUCAUGUAGAAGGAAACAGAGGCUUUAGAGAUCUCUCAGGAAGCUGUACCUCACAGUUUUGAUAUGGGAACAUUGGCACUUCAUACUGAAGAUGUUGGCUUAGGGCUUUAUUCAUCUCUGGGUCUGAUUGAAUCAGACAAAGGAAUUCCAGGAACCCCUCUAGUGUUGCCACUCCUUUCUUCGCUUCUUGAGAGAUCUGUUCAAAAGAAUGAGAAGUUAUUAGAUUCCAUGAAGAAGAAAGAUGCAAUCACAAUCUUUCAUGGCUUAAAAGCACCCACCAUGAGUAUCCGGAAAUACAUCGAUCGCAUCUUCAAGUACUCAGGCUGCACUCCAUCUUGCUUUGUUGUCGCAUAUAUAUACAUGGAUAGAUUCCUCCAACAGACAGAUGUUUACCUCACUUCCCUCAAUGUUCACCGACUUCUAAUCACUGCUGUGAUGUUAGCAGUGAAAUUCGUUGAGGAUGUGUACUACAACAAUGCCUAUUAUGCAAGAGUGGGAGGAAUAACUAUUGCAGAGAUGAACAGGAUGGAGAUGAAGUUCCUGUUCAGUCUAGAAUUUAGACUCCACGUUACCACAGAAACUUUCAAGUCUUACUGUUUGCAGUUGGAGAAAGAAGCUGCUGCAGAGUAUAAGAUUGAGCGGCCAAUCCAGGUCUGUGGAUUGAAGGAAAGCUGGCCAAACAAAGAUGAGCCAAAAUGUGCAACCACGAUUGCAAGAUACAGUUGCUAGUUAUAGCUGUAAGUUUAUCAUUAAUUCAUGUUAGAAAUAAGGAUGUUGAAUGGGUUUACAUUGUAAUCAUACGUAACAGGUUGUAGUUACAGUAACAGACUGAGAUUUGAUUGCUUUUCAAUAAUCAGUUCGAUUGCUUCUUGUGGUUCC